UUCUUGUAGAUACAACGACAGACGAGCGAAGAAGUCUUGGGGUCCUGUUUCAUGUGUUUCUGGGAUACUGGCGGACUUACUGUGGUCUGAAUGUCAUGGCGACAAACAGCGAGCAACUUUCCCGAUGUUUCGUAAUUGAUACAAAUCAAGAAAUCCACAACACAGAGUGAAAACACAAGGUCAACACAUUUUUUUGUCCGAUUUACAGACUACAGAAAUCAUCACCAAAACUAAGAUUGGGAUUCAGUUUUUGAAAUGGAGUGUGCAGUAAACACUGGUCCUGAUGAUGAGCCAUCUGAUACUGCUGUUGCGUAUGAGGUCAUUACUGUAAAGGAUGGAAGUGAGACCCCAAAAAAGAAAAACAAGAAACAUAAGAAACACAAAAGUAAGAAGAAACGUAAGAAGCGUAAGGGUGAAAAGGAUAGUAGCUCUGAAUCUGGAGUAGACUCAGAUGGCGAUUCCCAAACAAGAACAAGUGUGAAUAAAGAUGGCUCAUCUAACCCUGAGGCUGAUGAUCAUGCGAAUGCCACAAAAAACUGUACAGAAGACCUCGGUGAUGUGGAAGCUGAUGCCAAGGUUAAAAAGCAGAAACAUCGUGUUGGGAAAAAGAAGAAAAAAAGAAGGCGGAAAGAGGAGGAAAAGCAGGAGAAAAAGUCCUCAUCUCGCUCAAGAUCGGCGAGUACCUCAGUGUCAGGGUCAGAAUCAGAACCAGACUCCAAACAAUCACAAAAAUUGCAGGUAGCAUCUUUAAAGGUGGACAGAAAGUCACCUAUCAGUAUCACUGCAGCUAAAUUUCCAAAAGACAAAUUUAAAGAUAGCACACCUUUAUUGGAAGAUAAAAAGAGAGAAAUGACUUCUGAUCACACUGAAGAAGAAGAAAGUUUAAAAUUAGGAGGGAUACGAAAGAUGUCUCCUGAGACUGCACAUGCAAUAAUUGCAGAGAGGGACAUAAAGGUGGAAGCUGUUGGCGAACAUGAAAAUUUUAGUAAAGCUCAAGAACUUCCUGAUAUUAUCCCUAAGCAAGAGAAUGUGCACAAAGAGCAAGCUGUGCAGAAGGACAUCUCAAAGGAAUCAAAUGGGAAUCAGAAAGAAAAGAAAAAACAGUCCCUCUCCAGGUCAAGGUCACGAUCACUUUCAGACACUAAAGGGAAAAAUUCCAAACACAGUCGCUCUAGAACUCCAAAGAAGUCAUCUGGUAAAUCAGAACGUCAUAAUGACAGAUCAUCUUCAAGGGACAGGUCUGUGUCUGCCUCUGGUGGGAAGGAUCGAACAAAACGAAGAAGCUCUAGGUCUCCAUCAAGAUGGUCACCGUCUAAAGUAACAAAGAAAACUGGACGGAGGUCAAGGUCACUCUCUGGAAGAAGAGCAUAUUGCUCUGACUCGAGGUCCCGCACAAGGACCAAAAGAUCCAGGACCAGGUCUCCACGACGGGGUCAUCGUUCAAGAUCUAGGUCAACUGGAAGACCAAGACAUUCACGCUCAAGAUCAAAACAAUCUAUUUCUCGGCGGAAGAAUCGGCGCUCAAGAUCACAGUCCAGAUCUGUGCAGAGAGGAAGACACUCAAGGUCCCGCUCUCGAAAGAAGACACCUCCUCGAGCAAGGCGUUCCAGGUCUAGAUCUGUCAGAAGAGCAAGGCGAACACGCUCAAGAUCCAUUUUGAUCCUUAGACGUUCUAGAUCCUGCUUGAAAAGAAACAGAAGAUCGAAAUCUGCUCACAGACGAUCAGGUUCAAGAAGCCCAAGACGUCUAAGUAAGUCUCGGUCACCUCAACGCCCCAGGCCCUCUGAGUCCCGUUCUCCUGCAGCUCGUCAAAGGAGGUCAAAAACUAGGAGCCCUCAUAGCACAAAGUCCGAGUCAGCAUCUCCUCAACGAUGUAAAAGAUCAAAGUCACGGACAUCUUCACAUAAUUCAAAGUCUGAAUCCCCAAUAUUAAGAAGAACUAAAAAGCAAAAAGGUAAACGGUCAAGGUCAGUUUCUCAGAGACGCACAUCAAGAUCAAGAUCCAUUUCCAAGGAGCGACAGUCAUCAGAUAGAAGUAUAUCCCCUACCAAGAGAGCACACUCUAAAUCUCCGACUAAAGAGGAAAAGUCCUUAAAGGAUAAGAGUUCAAAAGAAACCUCAGAGACUAAACCGCAAGUUUUCGAUCCUGUGGAGGAAAAUUUAGAAAUAAAAGAGUCAGCAGGGUCAAGUAGAUGGAAACCAGUGUCUACUGAAUGUGCAUCUGUGCAAAAUCCAUCAAAUGAAGACGUAAAAUCAUCAGAAUGUGACAUACAAAGUAAAAACUUCAAGCAAGAGCCCGAAAAUCCCUCUGAAUGUGAAGGAAGACCAAACCAAUCCAGAACUUUGUCCUCAGAGCCAGUUCCUCAACAUGUUGCUGUAGGGUCAGAUGAAGAUGAUCGCUCAGGGAGCUCACGAUCAGCUUCACCGAGUAAAGUAAAAGAAUCAACAUCCUCCAACAGAACAUCACCUGUUCGAAGAAAGCGCUCCAGAUCGGCUUCAUUCACACAGAAAAGGCGAUCCAAGUCGAAAUCUGUCAGUAGCAAGAGGAGGUCAAGAUCUCCUGUAAGAAAACGCAAGUCCAGGUCUCCCUCAAAUAGUCGUAAAAAGAGGACGAAAUCCCGGUCACCUGUUCGGAAAAGAAGAUCAAGAUCAACCAAUCGAAGGGCAAAAUCACGAUCGAAAUCUCACACAAGAACCAAGCGCUCAAAAUCAAAAUCCCCCAAGCGGAAACGGUCAAAGUCUAGAUCGCCAGCUCGAAAAAGAAGGUCCAAAUCACGUUCCCCUGCUAGAAAGAGAAGAUCUCGUUCACGGUCGAGGGCUCGUCAGUCACGAUCCAGAAGAUCACGCUCUAUUUCACGUCGGAGAAGACCAGCAUUUCGUGGACGAUCUUUUGAUAGACGAGAUCGAUGGAAACGUGAACCAAGCCAUUCACCAAUUUUGAUUCUCCGUAAGAGGAGGUCCACCUCAAGAUCUCGACGCAGUUCUAGCAAGACGCCACCGCGUCUCACUGAUCUAGAUAAAGAUCAACUUUUGGAGAUUGCGAAGGCUAAUGCUGCUGCAAUGUGCGCUAAAGCUGGAAUGCCCAUACCUGAAAGUCUCAAGCCUAAGGCAAUUCUACAGUUACCUCUGCCAACCCCAGCUCCAGCCCCCUUGUCUUUGCCUCUGCCACUUCCUGUGCCCAAUUUACCUAUGAAUCUGCCCAUGGGUAUACCCGGUAUGCCUGCAAUGCCAAACAUGACAAUGAAUGCUGCCAUGGCAAGUAUGACUGCAGCGACAAUGACUGCUGCUCUCUCCAACAUGGGUGCUCUGGCAUCUAUGCCCCCGAUGCCCCCACUUCCUACCAUUACCAACAAGCCCCCUUCAGCACCCACACCUAAUCUGGCCAGUAUUGAGGAGGUGAAGAGGAAAGUGGCUCAACAAGCUAACAGCAUUAGCAUCAAGGAGUUUACAGAGAAAUGUAAACAGAUUGCAGAGAGUAAGGAGGAGAUGAGUAUUGCACGGCCACAUGUUUCAGAUGAUGAUGAUGAUGAUGAGACACGGUAACCCACUGUCCUUCUGCUGCAUCUCGUAUAUAGUCCUGAUGAUGGACACCUGUGUCUCGUAUUUGGGAUGAAAUCUGCCAGAGGAUUGCAUCCAUCAUGUAAAUUAAUCUUUUGUUUGCUCACAGGAGAAGGGCAUUUGAGCAUCUGGACACUUGAAGCUACAUUGUUUUCAGUUAUCUUUAAAUUGUCAGUUGUUGGAACAGCUGCAGGCUACAGAAACCUUUUUUUUUUUUUUUACCUUAGACUACAAACUACCAGAUUGGACCAUUCAGUAUGUCUAAAAGUAGAACAAAGGGGGUAAAGUGUUGAACAGACAUACUACCUGCCCAGACUGACAGUGAAAUGUUUCGCUUUCAGGCUUGUUUUUACCUUCACUACAUACGGUGCCUCUUGAUACCAUGAAGAAGGACCUCUGGUAGAUUUAAUUCAGAUUUAUAGGUGUACCUAAAAGAAAAAACAGAUUUUGGAGUGUAGUUUAGAUCACAGGUCAGGUCUGUUGGUGCACACUUUCAGAGCUUUCUGUUAACAUACAGAGACAUGAUCAUUUUACGAGUAUUUUUUUUCCCCGUCUUUUUUAAAAUUAAUGAAGUGUUAAUCACUUGUUUAAAUACAUUGGUGAAGAGAAUUGUUUUUGUUCAUUAACACUUUUGUGAACUUUUAAAGCAAAUUAAAUGUUGAGGUUCAGAGUUGUGGCUGUAAUUGAGUGCUGUACUUAACAGAUGAUGUUUGCAUUGAUGUGCAUUGUAAGGGUUCUGACCACAUACUUUCUUUUAGUUACAUUGGUUAAACCUUGCUGUGCUGCUUGAUGGUAACUGACAUUGUAGUCUGGCUUUAUCUAAAAAAAAUCACAGAGAAUGACACUCAUUGAUGAGAUUAAAGGUUUCUUUUCUCAUUUUUAGUCUAUCAAAUAGUGCAUCCUUGUAUACGACAGACCAUGAUGCAGUUGUGUGGUAUACAAUGCGGUUUCAUCUUUGUGACUGAAAUAUUUGACCCAGCAUAGCUGCAGGAUGGGAUGCUGUAUUUUCAGGAGUGAAAACGUCACCCAUCACUAUUCUAGAUAAGGGGUGAUUAAAAUGCAUAUGAUUUGCAUAAGAUUAUUGUUUAGACACAUGUACUGUAUAUUGAGUAGGUGUGCAUUUUGUCUGUUUUUUUUUUUUUUUACCUCUCCCCUUCAAUGUGUUCUAUGGUGGAGAUCUUAGAAAAAUUUAAUAUUUAACAUUUAAGGUCGACACAUAAAGAUGAAUUGUUAGAGAGUAUGUUCAACAAGAUGGAAUGUUCCACACUAAAGGAUAGAUUUGUCACUGUAUUGUUGUCCACAUUUAAGAAAUGAUACAAACUUCUGUACAGAAUUUCUUUACACUUCAUUACAUUAAUAUUAACAGAUUUCAG